ACCCCAUCCGGCUCGUGGAAUCUACGGAUUUGCUCUCUACAUCGUCUCCUGGACACUUUUUGUGAUCUACCUGAUUUGGGCGAUCACGCCGGUCCCGAUUUUGUAUCGAUUGGGUACGGCGGAGAAAUUGGGAAAAAAAUUCACAGGAUUUUUGAAUUUUGAAAGAAAAAGAAUCACGUACAUCCCAUCAAAACUCUGGGCUCUCGCAAUCGGAAUCUUCUUCCCGACGGCCGCCUGCCUCUACGUCACCGUAAUUUUUCUGAUCAACUGCUGGAACUUUUACGGAAUCUUUGAUAACGUUCAGGAGGUCACCAACGAUUUCGGCGAACGCUCGAAAUCCAAUUCAAUCGAUAGUUUGAGCAGCAGCUCUACGGAGAGCCCGAAAAAAGCGAAAAAAUGCUAAGAUCCUGUGGAAUCCGAUACCUGAGCACACGUCGGGACAUCCAGAAGACGCUGGACGCGGUGAAGCGUCUGAAGAUCAACCGAACCGCCCAAGUCGGCGAGAUUCACCGAAGAUGGUCGGAAUUUGAACGGGAGCAGUUGAAUUCGGGGGAUCUUCGGGAUCCCGGUGCUUCUAGAUAUUCGACAGAGUCAAUGCUCGGCGAGAUGAUGCUCAGCCAGGAGCCCAGCUAUCAGAAGAUUCUGGAGAAGAGGGCUCCGCCGAAGGUUGAAGCUGUGAAGGAUCGGGGAGAUCAGGGAGAAGCUGCUAGUUUCCCAUUGAAGUCGGUUUCAGUUGGAGCUGAAGCUUCAAAAGCUCAGGGCUCCGAAGCUGAAGCUGAAGGAUCCACCGAAGGUUCCUCAGACCGAGGCUUCUACGUUGAAGCUGACGUCUUUGUCGACGAAUACGUGGCGGGAAGCUCUCUAGACCUGGACCCCGGCGACAGGAUGGUAGCCACCCGGGAAUACUUUGGCGGUGAUGAUGCUGUAGAGCACAUUUCCUUCCAAAGACCCGGGCAGAGGGCUGAAGGGCUUCAAGAAGGAUCAGGGAAGGAUCAGGAUCUAUCGGAUGAUCUGAGCUCCGAACCUGGCAUGAUCGGAACUGUCGAUGAGGAGAUCCCGGCGAGCUCGCGAAAAUGCACGGGGUGCGGAGCAAAUUUCCACUGUAAAGAUAGCUCCCUGCCGGGAUUUGUGCCUCUGGAGAUUUUGGAGAAGAUUGACAGAAGAUCUGUAGAUCAGAGCCUCUGCAAGCGGUGUCACCUGCUCCAGGAGCACAAUUUUCUGCUCAAUGUCAAUGUAUGCGAUGUGGACUACACUCGAAUGAUGGGCGAGCUUAAGAAGCAGCCCGAGUCGCUUGUGGUGCUUGUCGUUGAUGUUACGGAUCUUCCCGGAAGCAUCUACCCGAGGCUUGCGUCGGUUGUUGGAAGCCGUCGGCCGAUGAUUGUGGUGGGGAAUAAGGUGGACUUGUUGCCGCCUGACGCUCGGACGGGUUAUAUGUGGAGAUUUAAGAAGACGGUGGAGAGAGCUGUCGAGAAGGCUGGAUUGUUGGAGAACUUCCACAUCCUCCACACAGCGUUGGUCAGUGCCAAGACAGGAUACGGAAUCGAGGAGCUCAUCACUGAAAUUUAUUUGAAGUAUACGAAUGUUAAGCUAGGAAUGCGUGGAGACAUUUUCCUCGUCGGAUGCACAAAUGCUGGAAAAUCAACCAUGUUCAACGCGCUUCUCCAAUCGGAUCUGUGCAAAGUUCGAGCCGUGGAUCUUGUCGAUCGAGCCACCACCAGUAUUUGGCCAGGGACUACGAUCUCCCUUCUCAAAUUCCCGGUAAUGAAGCCGGGUCCGUAUCGGCUCGAAAUGCGUCGCCGCCGACUAAUGGCUCACCGAGCAUGGGCCAAAAAGGAGAUGUACGCGCGAAAGCUUCUGCUCACCGAGACCGGAGACGAUCGAUACGCAAUUCCUACGGCACUGAUUCAGAAUACAUAUAAGGCAUCGGAAGAGGAGCUUCAGCCAAUGGCUCUGAGAGAGCUUCACGGAGAGGAGGAGGAUGAAGCGGAGGAAGAUGAGAAGCAGAGAAAACUGGAGGAACGACGGAAAUAUUCACUUGAAGAUCCGAUUUUUGCCCGGGGAAAAUGGUGUUAUGACACUCCGGGGACUGUUAAUGAUAAUCAAUGCUUAUCACUUUUCACCUUGGAAGAGCUGCUCAAUGUGACACCCCGCCGAGUCCUGCGACCCCAUACAGUACUCGUGAAGCCCGGCGAGUCGUUGCUCAUUGGCGGAGUCGCUAGGCUUGAUAUUGAGCAAGUUGCCCGCGCCGGCCAAGUUCUCCUGACAACUUUUGUCAAUGAGCAGCUUCCUCUGAAUGUGAUGCCAACUCACGAAUGUGAGGAUUUCUAUCGGAAAUGGCUCGGCACACGGGCUCUUCUUGUACCACAGGGACAAGAAGCCGCCGGCGGGAGAAUGACGUCAUGGCCGGGAUUUCGAGGAGAAAAUGGGGAGAUGGGGCGACGAUUUGAGAUGCGGGGGCGGCUGAAGGAUGAGGGAGGAUGCUGUGAUAUUGUGUUGAGCUCGAUUGGAUGGGUUAUGGUGACGUCGGAGAGGGAUGUUACGUUGAGUGCCUUCACCCCUGCGAACAAAGGAAUCACUGCCCGAAUCCAACCAAUUCUACCGUAUUCGGCUUCUCUACGUGGAAAACGUCUACCCGGAAGCCGAUUUUACAAGGUUCAACCUAUUCAAUUUCCGGUGAAUAUUAAAAGAAAACGGGCUGAAGCAAGGAAACGAGAUGAGAGGAAGAAGGAACGACAGGAAAAUUCUCAGAAUAAUUUAUAAACUUUUUUUUUGUUUUUGGUUUUUUUUAAAUAUUUGUUCCGCUAGAUUUGUUGAUUUCUCUCGCUCAGUACACUUGUUUUGAAUUUUUUUUUUUGUUAAUAUUUUGAAUUUUUUCAAUUUUAUGCGUAAUUUUCGCAUUUUGAUAU